UGAUAUCUCGACACGUAUACAACUUCUCAUGGAUUCAGCAUUAUAUAGCGGCAUGGCAAAGUCUAAAAAGAUUCAGGCCUUUGGAAUUAAUCUAACGUAACCUCCCUAGCACUGCUUACUUGAACUUCACGACGCCCAGAUCAAGCUAAUUCAUCAUGAAACCAAUUCUGGCAUUGAUGCUGUUCCCCAUACCAGUGUUAUCAUUGGGGUGGCAAGUAAGGGCUUGGCAAUGGAGAGAGAAUGUCCAAGAUUUCUUCGGCAACCCAUACAAGAAGUCGCGCGUGCCCCAAUUCAUGCUCGACUCCAACCACCCUUGGAUCUUAGAAAACCAAGCGAAACUCGAGAAACUACCAGACGCCGAAUCAUACCUGUGCUUCUCAUCCCAAGGGCACACAAUCGAUGUAAACCGGGGAAAACCCGGUGGUGAAGGGAAUGGACUUGCUAUACCGCCUGAUCUGUUUGACUAUUUAGAGAUCGACAAUAGCAGAUUCGGCAUCAGCCGCCCUGGCUGGCCCAAUGCUCUAUUGCGAGCACAAGAAAUCCAGCGCUGCCCAGCAGCGCUUUCACAAGCCAAGACGUUCAAGACGCGCAUUUACGUGUACGAAAGCGAAUAUAGUGAUUGGGAUAAGCGGAUUCUGGAGCCGCCGCAACCCCCACGAGAGCUCCUGGACUUAUACGCUGACAUACUAGGUAACACGAGCCUGGAAACAUUGAAAUGGGAUAUAGCACCGAAAUAUGCCCACUAUUUCGGGGAGCGUUUUGUUGACCGUGGCCUCGCCGUUCCUACUGCUAAGACGUUAGAAGUCAGCCCGAUGAAUCACUUCCUUGUGCCCAUGUGUUCCAAUAUCACUGAGCUAGUAUAUCAAUGCAGAACAUGGGAAAGGUAUUUCAUUCACGGUGGCGAGGAUCCAGAACUUCUUCUCCUCCAGGCAUCGAUGUUUACUCCGAAUCUAACACGACUUGUGAUGGACGCCGAAUGGGAAUUUGAUAAUUCUAAAGUUCAAGCCUUGGUUUCGACCAUCCCCGGCCUCAGGAGUUUAGGCUUACGGGGCGAGCUGCGUUCCCAGUAUAGAUACAGCAACUAUGGUGACUCGAGUGGCUCUAUGUUGAAUGAAAUUCUUCAGAUUCUCGGCUCCCUACAGAAUUUGACUCAGCUUGAACUGCCGGAUGCGAGCGCAUUAGACCUUGGCUGGGACGGUGGCCCUAUGUGUGGCAACGCUUAUUUUGGGCCUGGGGGUAGAGACUAUGAACGUCUUGUGUACCGAGAUGCAUUGGAGGCUACAGAAAGAGCCGCAGCUAUUGUAGUUAAGGUCUUACCUCGCCUGACCGACUUCAGUAUUGGUAGUGACCAGGCUAUUAUUACACGCUAUGAGAACGGGACACUGCGAGCAAGUUUCCCUUGGACUGGGCGACUCGACGAGUAUAUAAUGGAGAUCUUACCUGGAGGGCCUGACGGGCCUGACUGAUGCGCUUUUUGUGCGCCCUCCUUGUAUGGCGGGGUCUGAAGCAAUCUUCUAUAUUAUCUUGCCUUAUCCUGAAACGGAACGUCUAUUGUUUGAUUUCAACACGCUAUCGCCAUAUAGGUGUAGUUUUACAUUCCAUCAUUGUCUUGUCUGAUCUUAAACCUACAUUAGAUAGCUAUGAAGCUUCCUGUUCCAAGACUAAGAGCCCACUUCUAGCAAUAUCUAUACCCAUAUGUGCUUCAUCUCGUUGGCAAUCGCAAUCGAAGCAUCGUCGAAUUGCCACGCGCCUAUAGACACAGAAAAGCACCAAGUCAUUGAGUAAAGAGCUCAUUGAAAAAGGAGAUUUAUAAAAAUGACAGGAUACGCCACAAACAUGGGGGAUAACAGCGAAGAAGAACAACCGCUAUUUUCUUAUUGAUGUAAUCACAUCGAGAAACUACCUAUCUACAUGGUAGUAGCAAGACUGGUGGCGAUACGCUACAGUGCCUAGGCGCAGUAGUUGCCCGCUAGGUAGCUCACCUGGGGCAGUGCUAGGGCUAGAAGGUACCUAAAUUGCCGCUGGGUUGCUACAUAGC